GAUUGUUUCAAAUGAAAACAACAAACCUGAAAAUGGGUUUGCGUUCUUUUUUCAUGUAUUAUAACUCAAGUGAGAAUAACUGAGCUCUCUUUUUUUACUGUUUGGCAUUUGAAAGGCAAUGUUUAUGAGACUCGACUCAUCAUCGGUUACACUCUUCUUUCUCGCUUUCUUUCAUUCUUCUCUCUUCUUCUUUUCUCUUCAAUUGGCCAAGUAAUACUUCUUGUUUAUUAUACUAAAUUAAUUAUUAAUGGUUACAUACUGUGUAUGAGAUUAAUCUGAUUUUGUACAUUUAUCAAGUGAACUUAUUCUCUACCUCAUCUCUUAAUUCAAUUGUGAUCCGAUUAUUUAUUUAAGAAACAAAAGUGUAUUCUUCUCUCUGUUUUUCUUUACUUUCUCUUCUGGCUAGGUUAACGCCUCGGUCAUGAAGCAUCAGUAUCAGAACGAGAGUUCCCCUCUAUAUUGCUUUUUACCUCAAUUUGGAUACAACGAGAAUCUGUGAAUUUUUCCUCUCAUGUAUGCCCUAAACCAAGCAAUAUCUUCUAUAUCAACAAAUGGUUCACAUUCUGGUAUCUUUUUUUGUAUCUCAAUGCACUGUGAAUCUUCAUAGUAAACCAUUUCUAGUCUUAUACCUUCUGUGUUGAUCCUUCAUAAAGCAAUACAAAACUAGGCCUUUAGGUUUACCGUUAUUUUACAACUCAACAUUUCACCACUUCAACACCUUUUCUGGUUAAAUUGUUAAUUCUCAUCAAUACCAUCAUCAUUGUAAUCACAUCUUUUUUUUCUUAUCAUUGCCAAACAAACCGUUAAACCUUAUGCCGGUGUCAGUGAUGGACAAAAAACUCAUUGAAGACAAAUGUCUGAUCGAUUGUGAAGAAGAAGAAGAAGCUGAAAAUUGUGAUCAUGAACCUGGGCUUGAAUUUGAUGAUUCUGAACUGGAACACACCAAACCGCAGGACUUAAGCGUUAUUCCUGAUGCUUUGGUAGAUGAUACGGUUGAUUAUCAAUUCAUGAUGCUCGAUGGCAAAACAAACCCCAUUCUAUACCUUGAGUCACCGGAUGAGCUGAUGGAGGAUAAUUUCGAGGAAGCCUUUCGAGAUGCUUUACUUUCAGAUGAUCUAUCUGAUCUGAAUAAAGAGAUCGGACCAGGAGAGGAUUUUAGUGACAUUGCUAAGCAUGGUAUUGUUGAAGUUGUUGGAGAUGAUGUAUACGGUAGAAAAGUAAUUACAAUUUACGCCUGUCGAUUACCAUCUAAUAAGAGUCUGGAUUUUAAUCAUCUAUUGAAAUACCUGAUGUACACAUUGGACCAGUAUGUUGAGAAUGACUACACGCUUGUUUAUUUCCAUUAUGGUCUGAAUAGUUCCAACAAGCCACCAUUAUCAUGGCUUUGGCAAGCCUACAAAGCUGUUGAUAGAAAAUAUAAGAAAAACCUAAAAUCUCUCUAUCUAGUUCAUCCUACAAAUUUUAUUCGUAUAGUCUGGAAAAUCUUUAAACCAGCCAUUAGUGUUAAGUUUGGACAAAAAGUUAGGUAUGUCAAUUACCUUGAGGAACUUAAGCCUCACCUUCAUCUUGAACAACUUCUUAUUCCAAAAGAGGUCUUAGAGCAUGAUAAAAGACUAGUUGAAGCUGCUAAAAAGAAAUCGUGGUUUAAUGGACCAGCGUCGAGAUCAUUCCAGAAUUUAUCUGCUCCAUCUCUUCUUGAGACACAACAGUUCCGCGUUUCCCUAAAAUACAUCAAGGAGCAUAAUAAUGGCGACAUAAUACCUCGUGUGGUUCAUGGUUGCAUAUCUUUUUUAAAUAAUGAAACAGCUCUACAAACUGAAGGAAUAUUCCGCCGAUCUCCUAAUAUCAAACUGGUCAGUGAUGUACAAAAUUUAUUUAACCAGGGUAAAGAGGUUAAUUUUGAUGAUUAUGGAGAACAAAGUGUCCACGUUGCUGCUGUUAUACUCAAAUCUUUUUUAAGAGAAUUGGAAGAACCUUUGCUCACUUUUGACCUUUAUGAUGAUGUGAUUGACUUUCAACAAAUCUCUUCUGGUAAUCAUUCUCAAAUUGAGAAAUUAGCUGUUGCUAAAUCUCUAAUUUUACAACGACUUCCAGAGGAUAACUAUAAGCUUCUCAAAUUUUUGGUCGAAUUCCUUGUCAAAGUCAUGGAUCGUAGUAACUUGAACAAAAUGACAGCUUCCAAUUUAGCCAUCGUUUUUGGACCUAAUUUGUUAUGGUCGAUAAACAAGCAAGCUUCCUUAACCUCGAUAACAAACAUAAACCAUUUUACUGAAUUUCUUUUGAAGAAUCAUGAUGUAAUCUUUGUAAGAUGAAUCCACCAAUGGAAUCAAGAAUAAUUUAUAGAAAAUCUAACAAAUAACUAAAAAAUGAUUGAAAUACGCAUCGAGAGGCUGGAAAGGAAUCAAUUUUAUGCUAAAUAGAUAUAAUCUCAUUUCCUUCAUCUCGAAACAACAGUUGCACAAAUAAUUGACCCCUUGGUUCUUUCUAGAUCUUAAAGAGACAAAAUAAGCACAUAAAAACAAAAAAUUAUUUUUCAAAUAUUUAAAAUCGAUAUGAUUUAAUCAUGAUUACAUAUAGAAUUAUUGUUGUUCUGAACAAAUUUUUCUUCCAAUUUUAGAGGACAUUCAUCAUAUCAAAAGUUAAUUUUGUCAUUUUAAUUUCACUCAUGUUAAUUCAUAAGUUUGAUCCAACCUCGAUUGGAACACGAGACUUUUAUGGGCUCAAUAAGCCUAAUCUAACCUAAUCUAAUUUAAUAAUAAAUAAUAAAUAAUAAUUGCUA